GGAAGAGCAUCAAAGUUAUAACUUUCCUGCAAGUAUAUUUAUUUUAACCCAAACAAUGAGCUGUUACUUCUUUGGGAGAGGCAGAAAACGUAUUUGACAACCUCCUCAGAAAGGAGUGCAUUGCAUGGGUCCAUCUCCCACACAGCGGUGGGACACGGAGCAGAGGGGUGACCUACCACUGCUCCUUAUUCUCAGGUUCAAUCUGUUCUUGCAACCUGAAACAAGAGGAGCUUGUACUUCAGACAAGAUAACAUGGUUUGUUUAUUAUCCUCUGUGACGAGCUGAAAAAUGCGGAUGUAAUAACAUGGAUGAGCUGCUUUCAUUGCAAAGCAGGCAGUCCCAGUGGUGUAAUUUUGGUAGGAUUGGAACGGUGGGUAAUGAGAAAUGACACUUCUUGCUAUUCAGUAACUGAAAGUAGUUUUGUGUUUGACCCCUUUAUUUCUGGUACAGCAGCCAGAAAUGUUGUUAGCCUGGAGGACUGGGGAGAUGGAGUCACUCUUUAAAUGGCAAUUUCCAAGGAAGGUCUUGACAGCAAAACCAGGCAGUUGCUCGUCCCUAUUAAGUCUCCAACAUCUGAUGUAUUCAGUGUUUUGUCCAGAGAACUGGCCUGUGCUCAGAGUGUGCUGAAGCAGCCUUGGUUCUGCAGACAGGCCACUGGCCAUCCUUCACCAGCCCAGGCUCCACAGUUGGAUCCAAAGCUGGUGUGCUGAUAGCAAUUAGCAGGAGCUACUAAGAAUUGAAGCUGUGGGCCAAUAGGUUCAUACAGUUCAGUGGUAUUUUUCAAUAUAGCAUCUUAAAGGAUGGGUUUCAUACCAGCACAGAUGUGCUUUCUAAACAUUUUUGCUUUGGUUGCUUGUGAAGUAAUUCACUUUGCUUGGCCUUGGUUCCCUGCUUUGACUGCUCAGGGGGCAGCAUUGUGGCUGCUCAGCUGAGUGCUUUCUGGAAGCACAGCUUGAUGUGCUUGAAGUAAUGGUUUGUUUUGUACAAAGACAGAUCACCAAAACAAACAUUUGCACAGCCUGUCUCUUGUGCUCAGCUCCUUCGUGUAACUCCUUUCUUCAGCUGCAACCACAUUCUCAGUUUGCAGGGUUCAAUCUCCUGCCUACCAGCACUGCCCCUUUACCUUCACAGGGCCUCAGGUAACACUGUGCGGAUGUUAUGUAGCGAAACCAGGACCCGAUGCUUAUAGAGAUGCUUCUUCAGCUUCAGUAAACAGCUUUGAAGCACAGUAAACACGUACUGAACAGAGAGAACCAAGGACGAGGCUCCCAUCGGCACUGACAUCAGGAUUACAAACUAUUUAUCGCAGAAACUCAGCGUACAGGACGUUCUGCUGCCGGGUACCAGAGCGAAGGGCAGCACGGGCGGCUGCAGCAGCCCGGUCUGAGCCACGGAGCAGCGCUGGGGCGGCCGCACCUCGGGGCUCCGCGCUCUCGGGCAGCGACAGCGUCGGGACGGCUGUGAUGGGAAAGGGCCCCACGCGGCACAGAACGAACCGCUUCGAGGUCCGGAACGUGCCUCGGCCGUAAGGAGGCCGGUGUCGGACGGAACCCCGAUCCCCGCGGGGCGCCCCGCUCCGGCGGCGCCUUGUCCCGGUCCCGGCGGGAGGCGUUGGGCGGCGCCCUCCCCGCCCCGCUCCGUUCGCUGCCGGCCGCCCCCGGCAGGACAACACAACACAACACAACACAACUCCCCCGGCCCUGGCGGCGCGGCCCGGCCCGUGGCAUUUCCUCUGAGCUCACUGCGGCUGACGCGGCGCCGCUUCCCUCGGAAGAGGAAGAAGGAGGGAGCCCCGCGGCGGCGGCGAAGUGACGGACGCGGGACUCUCGGCUUCGGUCGGGCGGCGGCGCUGGGGGCGGCCGGGGCGGAGGACGGGGCCGGCGGCGGCGGGGGCCGACAUGGACCGAGCCCCCGCCGCGCCAUGGCCGCCCGCGUGCCGGAGCCGCGCGCCUCGUGGGCGCUGCUGACCGUGUGCACCGCGCUGCUCUGCCUCUGCCAGGCCCUGGGGGGACGAGCGGCCGCGGCGGCGGAGGGCGAGGAAGAGGAGGGCGCGGCGGAGGCGGGCUCGGUGCCGCUGCUGAAGGGCUCGGCGCUGCUGCUGCUGGGCUGCCUGCUGGCCCGCUGCUGCGGCUCGGCGGGAGGCGGACCGAGGCCCGGCGGGGGCUGGGGGCCGGCGGCGGCGCGGCGCGGCGCCUUGGAGGGCUUCCACGCGAGGCGGCUGCGGCUCUCGCCCCACGUGCUGGGGCACAGCAAGGCGCACGUGGGCCGCGUGGUGGCCGAGCUGGUGCGCGCCGCUAAAGCGCAGGGGCUGCAGCCCGGCCCGGCGGCGCUCAGCCUGCGCGGGGACUUCGUGCGCGUCGGCAGCGCCUACGAGCAGCACAAGGUGCGCAGCCCCGACCGCUUCGACGUGCUGGUGCCGCUGCGCCUCCCGCCCCGCCUGCAGCCCGAGCCGCGCCGCGCCGCAACCAGCGGAGCCUUCGUGUGCGGGUUACGGGCACCCGCGGGGUCCGGCUGGCCGCGCCGCUACCGGCCGUUCGUGGAGGGAUUCUGCGCCGAGCCGCACGGCCGCCAGCUGCUGUCGUCGGCGCUGGUGCUGCGCUGGUUCCAGGGCCACCUGCAGCGCUGCCUGGGCGCCGUGCGCUACCGGCUGCAGGAGCGCUGCCGCAUCAGCCUGGCCGUGUGCCCCGGCCGCCCGCCCACGCUGCACAUCCGGCCCUGCUCCGACUACGUGUGCUGCCACAUCUCCAUGGCCGUGCGCCUCAUCCCCGCCAUCCCGCUGGGCGACGCGCUCUACCUCACGGUGCCGCCCCACGACGUGCCCGGUGCCGGCCCGGCCCACGAGGCGCUGUGGGGCCUCGACACGUCGCGGCACGAGCAGCGGCUGCUGGCCUGGCUGAAGGAGCAGGCCCCGGCUUCGUCCUGCCACCUCAAGUGCCUGCAGCUCCUCAAGGGCCUGCGGGACCUCGGCGGGCAGCGCCUGGAGGAGCCGUUCUGCUCGCUGUGGGGCCGGGUGCUCUCCUCCUACGUGCUGAAGACGGCCCUCUUCUCCUUGAUGCUGCACGGGCCCCUGGAGGCCUGGGACGAGCAGUUCCUGGUGGAGCGCCUGGAAGACCUGGUGAUGUACCUCAGGGACUGCCUGCGCAAGCAGACGCUGAUGCAUUUCUUCAUGGGCAACACCAGCCUCCCCGAGGCCGUGGCGCUGCCCAGGUUCCUCAAGGAAGCUGCCCCGGUGAACUUGCUCUCAGCCUUCGAUGGAGCCACGCUGGACCUGGUUGCCUUCCAGCUGCUGUACACCUGGAGCCAGGCACCGCACCUCAUCAGGACGUACAGCAGAGCCCGGAUCCUGCAGCCAGCUGCGUGUCGGCACGGCACUGAGACACGGCACGAGCUGCCCGGGGAGUGAGGGAUCACUGUGUGCCCAGCUCCCACAGUGGGACCUGCUGAGAUGUUGUGGUGUUACCCCCGACAUGAGAAAACUGGGAAACUGAAGGCUGAGACUUCAGGAAAUGGCCAUAGCUUCUGUUUGUACUGUCAUCAUGGUGGGAUGUUCAUGGGAGAAUUACAACAUCUCUGAGGAAGUGCCUUAGUAGGAAAGCAUUACUUAUGGACGGUUCAAACUGACAGUCCUGGAAAUCUAUCUUCAACUUGUCCUAGUGGCAAAACUGACCUUUGCUGAGAUGUGUAUUUAGAUUUAGGGUACAUUUGGGAUUUGAAAAUCCCGUGAGCACAAACAAAACCUCUUACUGUGCCAAGAUGAGCAUUUGAGCAUACGUGUUGGUCACAGUCUGAAGUGCUCAGUGACAUGCUUUAACUUUCCUGUGUGAUGUAAGACAUCGUGCUGAAUGGGAAUGUAAUAAGCAUCUUAAAGCAGAACUAGGGGGAGAAGUGAAACUUGUGAUGAUAGCAUGAAGAAUCUAUUUGUGCAUUUCUGUGUUAAAUGAAGGUUGUGCUGAAGGAUUGAACUACAGAGAGAAAAAAAAGAAAGAAACAAAUAGCACUUUAUUUUCACAAAGGCCUUAAUUUUGGGAUAAUUGGCUGCACUAAAUGCUCACUUUGGAGAAGGCAUUAGUAUUUUAUUAAAGGUGAUGUUUGAGUCAUCCUCAGGAAAACCUUCUUUAUACAGAAAUACUUGGGGUGGAUUUGUUUGUGGGUUCUUGUUUUUGAGACGUGUUGAGGGUGAUGUUCUCAUCAUGUGCUCCAACACGAGGACCAACAACAACACAAACUUUCUGUUAAGUUUGGAACCAGCCUUUAGACAAUCUACGUCUCACUGAUGUGUUCUGCCUGCUGCACCCUGUGCCCUCCAGGAUAAGUUUGGUGGCUUGUUGGGCUGCCACCAUCCUCCUGCCUGUGGCUCUGUUUUGACCAAAUGACCUGAAGGGAUUUUUCUAGUGCUGAGCAAAUUGUUAUCUUACUGUGGGGAGGAGGAGGUAAAAUAUUUCAGGGUACUCAAAAAUGGUGUAGCACUUAUUCAUGGUACAGUGAAACAGCCUUUGGCUGUGGCUUCUGAUGGAUUGUAAACGUAAGCAUCAGCAAGGUAAUUUCCACUCCUUGUGGAAAGAGUGUGCGAGAACACCUCCCCAAGCCCUCACAGGGCUUAACAGGCAGCAUUCGGCUGUUAUGCUUCUCCCUUGGUCUUGGUUGUGAGGUUCAGCAUGAAGGAGUGCUCGGGCUGUCAGCCUCUACAUGGUGUCCUUGUCUUGGGGGUGACAUAUAGGGCUGUACCACAGCUGCUCUGCUCCUGGCCUGGUAUGAGACCCUCAUGUCUCCCAGGGUGUCAGCAAAUGUAGAGUUCCAAAUCUUUAAGUGAAAAUCUAGGGUAACUGAAUUACUGAUGCUCAGGAAGUCGCACAUGUGCUUCAUUACCCCCAUUCUGCAUCCUAGGUGAGCACUCUGAAAUGGAUUAUAGAUCAUGAAAUGGAACCCCUGGGAUGCUUCAGGAUGACUUGAAAUUACUAAGCCAUUCCUCCUGUCCCUGAUGUACGUACUGGUGUGCUUUAUUCACAGCUCUGUGCAACAAAGCACAAAACGUUUGUAAGAUCUACAGAGCUUUAUACAGAUCUAUUUUUCUACAUGGAAACACUCCCCGGGCAGAUGUUUGCCUGCUUCUGUCUCUGUUUUCUUUUUUAACUGUACUUGCAGCCUUAUUUUCAGGUAAUUAUAGACAAGGUCAACCCACCAGUUGGGUUAUUUUUAUAUAUGAAGCACCGUGCUUCUUUCUCAAAAAAAGAAAAAACCCAAAAAGAAUAGUGUAUUUAAAGGUAGUAUUGAUCUUUGUUCUUUGUUCUUUGCACGUGGUAUUUAAGGCUAAGUAAGCUACCUUGGUUGUCUUUUUGUAGCAGACCACAUGUGCUAUUUUUGCAGACUCAUGUUAUUCGGUGUUUGAAAUGAAUGCAGGGCUGUGGUCAACGCCAUUGGAUCUUCAAGGACUGGAUGAGCAACCCAAGGCGUUGUGGCUGCCUGCACACCCAGCAGAAACACUCCAGCUCUUCAUUCUGAUGUCACAGCCCCUUCAUCUGGCUGAUGGUUUGUUCUCAUCAUUGUGCAUCCCUCUCUCAGGAAAGUAAUCCCUUCUGUGAGAGGGACGCAUGCUCGGUGUGUGUUCUGUACUGGUGGAAGGCUGUAAGGCUGAGGACUUUGUCAUUGAAGUGCAGUCACCUACAGGAAAAGAUGGUUGUGUUCAGGCAGUUCUUGGCAAGGGGAGGUGGCAGAGGUGUAGGAGGAAUUUAGGGCUGAGGGAUGAGUGAGAAUGGUGGCAAGUUGUCAAUGAAGAUGCACCAAGUGAAGGAUGUGAGGAUGAGAAUGGAGGAGAUCUGAAAGUGAGGCAGACCUGGAGCAAGGGAAAAGGUGUUUUUUGGCUGUAUUUCCAAAAAGGUUGAAUCCAUCUGUGAUGAACAGUUAGGCAGAAACUCACUUCAUUAAGCUACAGAGGCUGAUAUUCAGCACUGAGUUCUUGCUCAGCGAGAAGUUUGGAGUUUAUGAUGGCUGGUGGCAGAAGAUAAUGUGCGUUUGCUUUAGCCUUGGUUUGGACAAGCUUUCCCAAGGCACCAUGUGCAUGCUGUCGGACCAGUUUGCAGCUGUUAUACACCUGACACGUAUAUCUUUAUUUAAUGUUGGACAGACAUUCAUGAAUACGAUUGGCAGAAGGAGCUGAUAGAAGUUGGGUUCUCUUAGAACCAUGGCAGCUGUAGUAGUGGCUGUCGUGUCGCGGUGCUUUCACAGAGCCCUGUCUGCAAUGAGGAGUGCAGGGAACUGACCUGCAGGAAUCCGUCCUCCCAGCAAGCAGAGCUGCAGCCACACAGCAGGUUCUCAGCAUGUAUGUGUUGUGCAGUAAGGUCAGCACUGUGCUGUGUGCAGCGUGUGCAAGCUGAAAUGACAUUCAGAAGAAACAGCAUGUUGCUUAGCACUGAUGUGGGCUGUUGGUUCUCUUUAUCUGCAAGCUAAUUUUACAGAGAUUUUGUGCAAAUGAAAUUGUUUCUGUUGAACACUGAGGAGUCGCAUUUGUAAAAGAUUAAGUUUAUUUACCAAAAUGCAUCCACGUGGCUUCUUUUUGUCUUGAAGAAUCCUAUGUGUUUUGCAAGGGCAUAAUUAGUGACCUGACUAAAUGUUUCAGAAACAUUCCUUCACUUUUAAUUUGAAUAUACUGAGUAAUGUAUGUUUUCAAUGUCUGUCUGCAAUGGACGUUUUUGGUACAACUACUUUUUGCUGGUUAAUAAUUAGACCAAAGAUUAAAGUGUUCAGCUGCUAUUUCUUUUUCUUUUUUUUUUUCCUUCCAAAAAGUGUUAAUAGGCUCAAAAUGUCCAUUUGAAGGCAUUUCUUUCCUAUUUAAUACCAAAUUACGUUUGCACUUUUGUUGUUUCCAUGAAGUUGGUGUUCUUGUUUUAAUAUUUCACUGUAUUAAUAAACAGCUGUUGUAACGCA